UGCGCCAAAGAGUCUCAUAUUUGUAUAUAAAUCUGAUAGACGAUUUGAAGCCCGAGGUUUACCCCUCGGCGGCCUAUGUCCCAAUAGGGAUCGGUGGGAAGCGUGCGAGUCACGAACCACGGCCGUUAAAUAAACACACACACACCCCCCUUCUCCUGCGUCUAUCUAGCUAGACCCCCUUGGUCUCUAGCCUCAUUGCGAUCCCACAGGACACAUUCGUUUUGAAUGACAGUAUAUGGCUCAACUCGACCCCUCAGGCACUGUCUCAGACGAGGAAAUCAUCGCAGCGCUCGAGAAGGUCCAGCUAUGGAACGUCAUCAAAUCUCGCGGCACAGGUGGUACAAGUGGCAGUAAUACUGCGGCGCCCUCUGGGACCGCAACGCCGAGUAAUGAUGAGACGGCAAACGGUGCCAUCACGCCGAAGAAAGCAAAAGUCGAUCCCCUCGAAGCACCGCUUAAAGGCUCCCCUCUAUCACACGGCCAGAUCCUAAUCCUUGACGAAGCGACGGGCAACGUGGACGCAAGGACGAACGGGCUUAUGCAGCGCAUCAUCAGGGAGGAGUUCGCCAAGCACACUAUCUUGACGAUAGCUCAUCGCUUGGACACCAUCCGAAGCGUUGAUACUAUUCUUAUCAUGGAUAAGGGGAAGGUGGUCAAGGUUGUCACGCUUGACGAGUUGCUCGCUAAGAUGGCGAGGAAGAAGAAUGCGGGUGGGGGUGAGGAAGAGGAGGAGGAGGAGGAGGAGGAGGGGGAGGAGGAGGAAGGAGCGGAUAUGGCUUGGUUUAGGGAGAUGUGGGAUAAUGCUCAUUGA